GGCUGGAACUACAGAACCCUCACCAGUAUGGCGCUAUAUAGUCUGUUCUUCACCACCGGAGGGAAGAAAUGUUUCAAUUAGGAGUGAAUUCUUCCACUCGAUCUUAAACGUCCGUAUAAACGUAUCAGAAUUGCUAGCAGACUCUUUUCACACGUGCUUGCAGCCUGUAAGUGUCGCGUACCCAUGGCAGAGCAGGACUUGGUGGAGAAGAAACUGCCAGCUGUGGCUGCACUGCACUCUCACUUCAUCGUCGGCUCUGUGUCGGAGGAUAACUCGGAGGAUGAGACCGCCGGAAAGGUAGACCUGCAGAUGGAAGACAAUCAGCGUUCCCUUUCUCCCUCCUCUGUCAGCUCAGACAGCACUUAUGAGAUGGGCUUUGAAAGUCUGGAUGGCCCCUUGCACAACAUGAGACCUAGCAUGUCAGGACUUCACCUUGUAAAGCAGGGCAGAGACCGAAGACGCAUCGACCUGCAGAGAGACUUUACCGUGGCUUCACCAGCUGAGUUUGUCACCCGCUUUGGUGGCAACAAAGUCAUUGAGAAGGUCCUUAUCGCCAACAAUGGCAUCGCUGCAGUCAAGUGCAUGCGCUCUAUCCGUCGCUGGGCUUAUGAAAUGUUUCGGAACGAACGGGCCAUUCGUUUUGUCGUCAUGGUCACCCCAGAAGACCUCAAAGCCAAUGCAGAGUAUAUCAAGAUGGCUGAUCACUACGUACCCGUCCCAGGAGGGACAAACAACAACAAUUAUGCAAAUGUGGAACUCAUUUUGGACAUAGCUAAACGAAUUCCUGUUCAGGCUGUUUGGGCCGGUUGGGGCCAUGCCUCUGAGAACCCCAAACUUCCUGAAUUGCUACACAAGAAUGGCAUUGCUUUUAUGGGUCCACCUAGUCAGGCUAUGUGGGCUCUCGGGGACAAAAUCGCCUCUUCUAUCGUGGCCCAGACUGCUGGUAUCCCCACGCUACCCUGGAGUGGAGCAGGACUGACUGUAGAGUGGACGGAGAGUGACCAGAAGAAAGGCAUCAUCAAUGUUCCUCCUGAGCUGUAUGAGCAGGGCUGUAUACAUGAUGUGGAGUCUGGACUGAAGGCGGCUGAACAAGUGGGCUACCCUGUGAUGGUGAAGGCGUCUGAGGGUGGUGGAGGAAAAGGUAUCCGAAAGGUCAACGGUGCAGAAGACUUCCCCAACCUCUUCAGACAGGUUCAAACAGAGGUACCAGGCUCCCCCAUCUUUGUCAUGCGACUGGCCAAACACGCACGCCACCUGGAGGUUCAGAUCUUGGCUGAUCAGUACGGUAACGCUAUCUCUCUCUUCGGCCGUGACUGCUCCGUCCAGCGCAGACACCAGAAGAUCAUUGAGGAAGCUCCUGCUACUAUCGCUACCUCAGAUGUGUUUGAGAAUAUGGAGAAGUGUGCAGUAAUGCUGGCAAAGAUGGUUGGCUAUGUGAGUGCAGGAACUGUAGAGUAUCUGUACAGUCAGGACGGAAGCUUUUACUUUCUGGAGCUCAACCCUCGUCUUCAAGUGGAACAUCCUUGUACUGAGAUGGUGGCUGAUGUCAACCUGCCUGCUGCCCAGCUGCAGAUCGCUAUGGGCAUCCCACUUCACCGCAUUAAAGACAUCAGAGUGAUGUACGGGAUGCAGCCAUGGGGAGACUCACCUAUUGACUUUGAAGGGCUCUCUACCACCCCCUCUCCACGAGGACACGUCAUUGCAGCUCGAAUUACCAGUGAGAAUCCAGAUGAGGGUUUUAAGCCCAGCUCAGGUACCGUCCAGGAGCUGAAUUUCCGCAGUAAUAAGAAUGUGUGGGGUUACUUCAGUGUGGCAGCAGCUGGAGGCCUGCAUGAGUUUGCUGACUCUCAGUUUGGCCACUGCUUCUCCUGGGGAGAGAACCGAGAGGAGGCCAUCUCAAACAUGGUGGUGGCUUUGAAGGAGCUGUCCAUAAGAGGAGACUUCAGGACUACAGUGGAGUAUCUGAUAAAGCUUCUUGAGACGGAAAGCUUCCAGCACAACAGCAUCGACACAGGCUGGCUGGAUAGACUGAUCUCAGAAAAGAUGCAGGCAGAGCGUCCUGACACUAUGCUGGGAGUAGUGAGUGGAGCUCUGCACGUGGCUGAUGUCAACCUCAGAAACAGUGUGUCCAACUUUCUGCACUCGCUGGAGAGAGGUCAGGUUUUGCCUGCACACACCCUAUUGAACACUGUGGAUGUGGAGUUGAUCUAUGAGGGGACCAAAUAUGUUCUGAAGGUGACGAGACAGUCACCUAACUCUUACGUGGUCAUCAUGAAUAAAUCCUUAGCUGAGGUGGAUGUUCAUCGGCUGAGCGACGGAGGUCUGCUGCUUUCAUACGACGGCAGCAGCUACACCACCUAUAUGAAGGAGGAGGUUGACAGGUAUCGCAUCAUUAUCGGUAACAAGACGUGUGUUUUUGAGAAAGAGAAUGACCCAUCACUGCUGCGUUCGCCAUCUGCUGGGAAACUAAUCCAGUACAAUGUGGAGGACGGGGGACAUGUGUUUGCUGGACAGUGUUAUGCUGAGAUAGAGGUGAUGAAGAUGGUGAUGACUCUGAUGGCCUCAGAGUCUGGUUGUAUUCACUAUGUAAAGAGAGCAGGUGCAGUGCUGGAGCCAGGCUGCGUCAUCGGCAAAUUACAACUGGACGACCCAAGCAGAGUACAGCAGGCAGAACUGUUUACAGAAUCAUUGCCCAGUGUUCAGUGUGUGGCUCUGAGGGGAGAGAAGCUUCACAGGGUCUUUCACAGCACUCUGGAUCACCUGGUGCACAUCAUGAAUGGCUACUGUCUGCCAGAACCCUUCUUCAGUGCCAAGCUGAAGGAAUGGGUGGAGCGUUUGAUGAAGACUCUCAGAGACCCCUCUCUACCCCUGCUGGAGCUUCAGGACAUCAUGACCAGUGUUUCAGGCCGUAUUCCUCCUGCUGUAGAGAAAGCCAUCAAGAAAGAAAUGGCUCAGUAUGCCAGCAACAUCACCUCUGUGCUCUGCCAGUUUCCCAGCCAGCAGAUCGCCAAUAUCCUGGACAGUCAUGCGGCCACACUGAACAGGAAAUCCGAGAGAGAGGUCUUCUUCAUGAACACACAGAGCAUUGUGCAACUGGUUCAGAAGUACCGCAGUGGCAUCAGGGGUCAUAUGAAGUCAGUGGUGAUGGACCUCCUCAGGCAAUACUUGCGGGUGGAAGUUCAGUUUCAGCAUGGUCACUAUGACAAAUGUGUGUUUGCACUACGAGAGGAAAACAAAGGGGACAUGGCCAAUGUGCUCAACUACAUUUUCUCUCAUGCAAAAGUCACAAAGAAGAACUCUCUGGUCACCAUGCUCAUUGAUCAGCUGUGUGGGCGAGACCCCACUCUGACUGAUGAGCUCAUGGCUAUCCUCACAGAGCUAACCCAACUAAGCAAGACCACCAAUGCCAAGGUGGCACUGCGAGCACGCCAGGUUCUCAUUGCCUCUCAUCUUCCUUCAUAUGAGCUACGACACAAUCAGGUGGAAUCCAUCUUCCUGUCUGCAAUCGACAUGUACGGACAUCAGUUCUGCAUUGAGAACCUGCAGAAACUGAUCCUGUCCGAGACCUCCAUCUUUGAUGUACUGCCAAACUUUUUUUACCAUAGUAAUCAGGUUGUGAGGAUGGCUGCUUUAGAGGUGUAUGUUCGUAGAGCCUACAUCGCUUAUGAACUCAACAGCGUCCAGCACCGUCAGCUGAAGGACAACACCUGCAUCGUAGAGUUCCAGUUCAUGCUGCCCACCUCACACCCCAACAGAGGGAACAUCCCCACUCUAAACAGGAGACUGUCUGCCCCACCACAGGACUACAAAACUCCAGAUAUCCCAGCUAGCGAUAGUGCCUCUACAUGUCCAGCUAGUGUGACUGCUGAGAGUGAGGACAGGAUGUCCUUCUCCUCUAAUCUGAACCAUUAUGGUAUGGUCCAUGUGGCCAGCGUCAGUGACGUGCUGUUGGACACCUCCUUCACCCCGCCCUGUCAGCGCAUGGGCGCCAUGGUUUCCUUCCGCUCUUUCCAGGAGUUCACCAGGAACAUAAAGGAUGUGUUGAGCUGUUUCUCAGACUCUCCCCCCUCUACUCCAACCUUUCCUGAGGGGGGCAACCCUGUGCUGUACGGUGAAGAGGACAAGAGCAUGCAAGAUGAGCCAAUUCACAUCCUGAACGUGGCCAUAAAGACUGACAGUGACAUUGAUGACGACGGGCUGGCUGCCAUGUUUUGCGAGUUUACCCACUCCAAGAAAUCUCUGCUAUUUGAGCACGGCAUCCGAAGACUUACUUUCCUGGUCGCUCAGAAGGAUUUCAGGAAGCAGGUCAACUGUGAAGUGGACCAGAGGUUCCAUAGAGAGUUCCCCAAAUUCUUCACCUUCCGGGCUCGAGACAAGUUUGAGGAGGAUCGGAUAUACAGGCACUUGGAGCCUGCAUUAGCUUUCCAACUAGAGCUCAACCGUAUGCGUAACUUUGCACUGACAGCAAUCCCCUGUGCCAACCACAAGAUGCACCUGUACCUCGGAGCUGCCCGCGUUGAGGUGGGCGCUGAGGUCACAGACUACCGCUUCUUUGUCCGUGCCAUCAUACGGCACUCGGACUUAGUCACCAAGGAGGCAUCGUUUGAGUACCUGCAUAAUGAGGCAGAGCGCUUGCUGCUGGAGGCCAUGGAUGAGCUGGAGGUGGCCUUUAACAACACCACAGUGCGCACAGACUGUAAUCACAUCUUCCUCAACUUCGUCCCAACCGUCAUCAUGGACCCUUCUAAGAUCGAGGAAUCUGUUCGAUCGAUGGUCAUGCGUUACGGCAGUCGUCUGUGGAAGCUUCGUGUGCUUCAAGCCGAGCUGAAGAUCAACAUCCGUCUGACACCCACCGGCAAACAGAUCCCCAUCCGCCUCUUCCUGACCAAUGAAAGUGGCUACUACCUGGACAUCAGCCUGUACAAGGAGGUCACAGACUCCCGUACAGGACAGGUGGGGCAAAAAGAUCGACAGAUCAUGUUCCAGGCAUAUGGAGAUAAGCAGGGUCCUCUUCACGGUAUGCUCAUCAACACACCCUACGUCACUAAAGACCUGCUGCAGUCUAAACGUUUCCAGGCCCAGAGCCUCGGCACUACCUACGUCUAUGACUUCCCAGAGAUGUUCCGUCAGGCUCUAAGGAAACUAUGGCAGUCCGUGGACACGCAUGCCAAACUGCCAAAGUGCCCUCUUCCAUCUGAACUGCUCACCUUCACAGAGCUAGUUCUUGAUUCUCAGGGUCAGCUGGUGCAGAUGAACCGCCUACCUGGAGGAAAUGAGAUUGGCAUGGUGGCAUGGAGGAUGACUCUUCGAACCCCUGAGUACCCGACUGGUCGUGAGAUUAUCGUCAUCAGCAAUGACAUCACACAUAAAAUUGGCUCGUUCGGCCCAGAGGAAGAUGUUCUUUUCCUGCAGUCAUCAGAGAUGGCAAGGGAAAGUGGCAUCCCACGAAUCUACAUCGCUGCCAACAGCGGAGCGCGGAUUGGCCUGGCAGAGGAGAUCAGACACAUGUUCCAUGUAGCCUGGCAGGACCCGGCAGAUCCGUACAAGGGCUUUAAGUACCUGUACCUCACACCUCAGGACUAUAAGAAGGUGUCAGCGCUGAACUCUGUGUACUGUGAGCAUGUGGAGGAUGAGGGAGAGUCCAGGUAUAAGAUCACUGAUAUCAUUGGUAAAGAGGAGGGAUUGGGUGUGGAGAACUUGAGAGGUUCUGGCAUGAUAGCGGGAGAAUCAUCACUGGCAUAUGAGGAGAUCAUCACCAUGAACCUGGUAACAUGUAGGGCCAUUGGAAUUGGUGCAUACCUGGUGCGACUGGGUCAGAGAACCAUACAGGUGGAGAACUCUCACAUCAUCCUGACUGGAGCUGGAGCUCUCAAUAAGGUUCUGGGUCGUGAGGUGUACACCUCUAAUAACCAGCUGGGUGGAGUACAGAUCAUGCACAAUAAUGGAGUCACACAUACCACCGUAUGUGACGAUUUUGAAGGAGUGUAUACAUUACUGCAUUGGCUGUCUUUCAUGCCGAAGAACAAGUCCAGUCCUGUGCCUCUGCUGGCCGCUAACGAUCCCAUUGACCGGCCAGUGGAAUUUGUGCCCACCAAGGCACCCUAUGACCCACGCUGGAUGCUGGCAGGACGUCCCAGUCAGAACAAUAAGGGUGUGUGGGUGAGCGGGUUCUUUGACCAUGGCUCUUUUCUGGAGAUCAUGCAGCCGUGGGCACAAAGUGUAAUCGUAGGUCGGGCCAGAUUGGGUGGGAUACCAACUGGAGUUGUUGCAGUGGAAACCCGCUCUGUGGAACUGUCAAUUCCAGCAGACCCGGCUAAUCUUGACUCAGAAGCCAAGAUAAUCCAGCAGGCAGGGCAGGUGUGGUUCCCCGACUCUGCCUUUAAGACCGCACAGGCCAUUAAAGACUUCAACAGAGAGGGGCUUCCACUCAUUGUGUUUGCCAACUGGAGGGGCUUCUCUGGAGGCAUGAAAGACAUGUAUGACCAGGUGCUGAAGUUCGGAGCGUAUAUCGUGGACGGGCUAAGAGAGUACAGACAGCCGGUGCUGGUCUAUAUCCCUCCUCAGGCAGAGCUGAGAGGAGGAUCAUGGGUUGUUAUAGAUCCCACCAUCAACCCUCGUCACAUGGAGAUGUAUGCAGAUAAGGACAGCCGUGGUGGCGUGCUGGAGCCCGAGGGCACAGUGGAGAUCAAAUUCAGGAGAAAAGAUCUUGUGAAGACUAUGAGGCGGGUGGAUCCUGUGUACAUGGGGCUUGCAGAAAGACUCGGCACCCCAGAGUUGAGUGUGUCAGAGCGUAAAGAUCUGGAGAGUAAACUGAAGGAGAGAGAGGAGUUCUUGCUGCCCAUAUAUCAUCAAGUAGCUGUGCAAUUUGCUGAUCUUCAUGACACACCAGGCCGCAUGCAGGAAAAAGGUGUCAUCACUGAUAUCCUGGAAUGGCGAACAUCUCGGCAGUUCUUCUACUGGCGUUUGCGACGGUUAUUGCUGGAAGACACGGUGAAGAGGAAAAUACAGUGUGCUAACAGUGAGCUGACGGAUGGGCAGGUCCAGGCCAUGCUGCGACGCUGGUUUGUGGAAGCAGAGGGAGCUGUCAAAGCGUAUCUGUGGGACAGUAAUGAGGAUGUUGUGGAGUGGUUGGAGAGGCAGCUGACCGAGGAAGAGGGUGCCAGAUCUGUCGUUGAUGAGAAUAUAAAAUAUAUCCGCAGAGACCAUAUUAUCAAACAGAUCCGCAGCCUUGUUCAAGCUAACCCGGAGGUGGCCAUGGACUCUAUUGUUCACAUGACCCAGCAUAUUUCCCCCACGCAGCGUGCUGAGGUGGUCCGCAUUCUGUCCACCAUGGACGCCCCUGCUUCCCCAUAGAGCCUCGUCUACACACAAACAUCUUAGAGCCUGGGAAAAGAGUAACUGGAAACUGGAACUAGAGGAGCCAACAUGGCUGUGCUGUGACUGACCUAACACUGUUGGCUAUGAUUCAUAGAGUUACGACAGACAUUUUCUGUACUAGCUAUUAGUACUCUAAUAGAACUUUUGGAAUGCACAAAGAUGGAAUUAAAAAAAAAGCUGCUUUUUUAGGACGUUUCAUUUAUUUUCCUUUUAGUUUUUUUGUAGGACUUCAUAGAUUACUGUAUGAGAGAGAGAGAGAGAGAGAGAGAGAGAGAGUGAGUUUAACUGUGAUAACAGCUUACAGAUUCAUAGCAAGUAGAAUAUCUUGGAUAAACUACACUUCCUCUAAUAAAAGUCAGGUUUGAGUGUAUCACAGUUGCAUCACACAUAAUCGAAGCAUGUGCGUGCUACAUUUACAAAUGCAGACCGUGCAGAUUUUGAAAGCGGUUAAGACUUUCUUUCACCCCGCCUACACUGACAGUGCACAACAUGAUAAAACUAGUUUGUUCCCGCUCUUCGUUACUAUGAAAGCUAUUUAGUUGUUGAGUAACUUUGCUUGCUUCAUAAACACUCUAUUUUCUAAACAUGCAGGAUGGUUGUUUGAGCCGUAUGAACGCAUCGGUUUGUUGCGCUAAUGUUUCACCCGCUUGUGGCUUAACCAAAAGACAUUUUUUUUAAUGAUGUUUAUCCACAGGUAUGGUAUGUAUUAUUAUAAAUAUGCUGUUUAUGUUUUAGCAUAGUUGAAAUAAAAGUCAUUAAUAACUUAUUAAACAAUCAUGUUUAAAAAAACAAACUAGGUGCUGCACACUUUAGUUCAACAUGGCCGUAGAAAAUUCCACAGAUAUUUAGGGUAGUUGAAUUUGAUUACCAUAUAAAUAUUCUAGAAUCACACACCAGGAGUGGAGUGUAGUGUAGACAUAUCAACUU